AUGGCGACCAAAGCUCUACCUUACCCAAGGCCAGUGUCACCAUUGAACAUCGAAGACAUACCUCUCUGUGCUGGCACAUACAUCUACGCCGAGCCAAAGAGCGACGACACCGAGGCAGAAGCGGCCUUAAGAGCAUCUAAGCGCAGGCGGAGGAUCAGAGACAAUGCGGAAGCAGUCCUACGCGGAGAAUCGAUCUUCAUCCUGUCGGCAGGAAUCAAGGGGCCUUUCAGAACUCCAUGGAGCAAUCCUUGGAGAGAGACUCAAAAGACAGUAGAGAAAGAGAUACCUGAGACGGCUCACCAUACACGAAUCGUGGGCAGGACACCACCAACCGUCUCAGGAUCCAAGGAUGUUAGAAGUCGACAUGCCGAUUACGUUGAUCUGACUGUCGACGACAUCGAGUUCACGCAGCCGCCGAUCGUUACUCAUAAGUCUCCCAAGGAUGUGUUCAAGAAGACUACAGCACCCAGGGUGGUGGCACCUAACGAGGGCACAUUCACAACUGCUGAGCGUGUGGAAGACUGGUUGCGGACUAAUGAUGCUUUCGGGGGAUCCAGUGGGAGUGUCCGUGCCAUGGACAUCCGGAGCUCCCCAACACCUGCGACUCGCCCCUCUAGAGAAGCAGCACCUGAUCUGGAGCCGAAGCGGCCAGUUUCUGCCGACGGUCAAAAUAUGAACACAGAGAUAGGUAACUGGGCACGGCUACAGAACCCCGUCGCCGAAGCAGAAAUCGAGCAGAAUUCGUCACAGCAGACACACGAAAGUCAGGACCGGGCAGAAGCAGCAAUCUUGGAGAACAAGAGGCGAUCUGUGCAUAGACUUCCACCCUCCACCAACCUACCUGCAUUUGAGUACCGCCGCGGACGUCGGCCGAACAAAGCACCCGACGCUGAGGGUGUGCAAGAGGAGGCGAAUCAGGUCACAGAUGCCGUUGUCUUGGACAAGGACUACCAAAGCAAGAGCGGACCGAACGCCAAAGCUGCUAUUCCGCAACCAGAGACGGUGAAGUCGCAAGUGCCUGAUUUGUCACGUGAAACAUCAAAGGCCACGACACGGCGCGAACUGCCUGCUGGACAGGUGACCUCCGAGAUCGUGCUUGGUAUAUCCAACGCCCAAAGUACAGGCGAAUUGUUACAGCCUGUCCAACCUCCAACUCAAACCAGCCUCAGAGACGGAGUUUUGGAAGGCGGCAAGAGCGGUGCAGAGCUUCAGAAGGAGCACCCUCCCAGAGAGGAAGCCGCGAGCACUGCUCAAGAUCCAGCUGAUGACGAAAUGGACACUACCGAUGCUUUGAUCGACCGCCUGAAUGCCGGUCUAGCGGACAAUCGCACGCCAGCGCGCAAUCUAGACACCCAGGCUCUACUGGGCGACAUUGCGCCAUUUCCGAUCAGCACGAUCAAGAAGAUCGGAAUGACAUCCGACAAACGUUCAACACCUGUCACGGCAACGAGAGCCCGGACCUCAGCCACCACCAAGAGGACCAAGAAGAAAGCAUCCUUUGCCGCAGACCCGCUGUCCGACGAAAGCCAAACAUCAAUCAAGAAUGGUUUCCAGGUUCGCAAGUCUGCCAUUAUCGAUUCAAGUUUGUACUAUCCCAAAUCAAAAGACGCAGUCCUGCCUCAGGAUGACGACGAUGACGACGAGCCUGACAGCCUCGACCCUCCAAGCAUAGAUCAGACUCAUCGACCUGCUCCUGCUCCUGCUCCUGCUCCUGCCACGGACGCAUUCACUGUCCAGAAACCCUUCAAGCAACCCAAAUCUAUUCUCAAACAGGCACUCAAGCACCCCUCGAGCAUGCCCUCGUCAGCGCCUCCAGGGACGACGCUCACCGCAACAGCUGUCACAAACACCUACGGCUCCACAUCCAAUGGCUCAACGAACAGGCCAAAUGCGCAGCCCAGGCCGACUGCUAUUGAGAAUGGCACGUCUGCGGGCCUCGAGUCGGAUGGUGUGAUGCCGGAUAUGGAUAUGGAAGGUUUCGAUAUGGAUGCCACGAUAGAUGACAUUGGGACGUGGCUGGGGAGUUGGGAUGUCGAGAGGGAGGCGGCGAAGAUUGCUAAUAGGUGA